GCCGGCGCGCGCACACACUUGCACACCGUACCUCCUCUGCUGCUCAGCCUCGCCUGCCCCCCGCGAGCGCCGAGCCCCCUGGGGCCGGAUGCCAUGGGUAACAACUUCUCCAGUAUCCCCUCUCUGCCCCGAGGAAACCCGAGCCGGGCGCCGCGGGGCCACCCCCAAAACAUCAAAGACUCCAUCGGGGGCCCCUUCCCUGUCACCUCUCACCGAUGCCACCACAAGCAGAAGUACUGCCCGCCGGUGCUGCCCGGAGGGGGGCUUCCGGCCACGCCACUGCUCUUCCACCCACAUACCAAGGGCUCCCAGAUCCUCAUGGACCUCAGCCACAAGGCCGUCAAGAGGCAGGCCAGCUUCUGCAAUGCCAUCACCUUCAGUAACCGCCCGGUCCUCAUCUAUGAGCAAGUCAGGCUGAAGAUCACCAAGAAGCAGUGUUGCUGGAGCGGGGCGCUGCGGCUAGGCUUCACGAGCAAGGACCCGUCCCGUAUCCACCCUGACUCACUGCCCAAGUACGCCUGCCCCGACCUGGUGUCCCAGAGCGGCUUCUGGGCCAAGGCGCUGCCUGAGGAGUUUGCCAACGAGGGAAACAUCAUCGCCUUCUGGGUGGACAAGAAGGGCCGUGUUUUCUACCGCAUCAACGACUCAGCCGCCAUGCCCUUCUUCAAUGGGGUCCGCGCAGCCGACCCGCUCUGGGCCCUGGUGGACGUCUACGGCCUCACGCGGGGCGUCCAGCUACUUGACAGCGAGCUGGUGCUACCGGACUGCCUGCGGCCGCGCUCCUUCACCACCCUGCGGCGGCCGUCGCUGCGACGUGAGGCCGAGGAAGCGCGCCUCUCCGUGAGCCUGUGCGACCUCAACGUGCCGGGCGCCGACGGCGACGAGACCGCGCCGGCCGCUGGCUGCCCCAUCCCGCAGAACUCGCUCAACUCCCAGCACAGCCACGCUCUGCCAGCGCAGCUCGACGGCGACCUGCGCUUCCACGCGCUGCGCGCCGGCGCACACGUCCGCAUCUUGGACGAGCAGACGGUGGCGCGCCUGGAGCACGGGCGCGACGAGCGCGCGCUCGUCUUCACCAGCCGGCCCGUGCGCGUGGCCGAGACCAUCUUCGUCAAGAUCACGCGUUCGGGCGGCGCACGGCCUGGCGCGCUCUCCUUCGGCGUCACCACGUGCGACCCUGGCACGCUGCGGCCAGCCGACCUGCCUUUCAGCCCCGAGGCACUGGUGGACCGUAAGGAGUUCUGGGCCGUGUGCCGCGUGCCCGGGCCCCUGCACAGCGGCGACAUCCUGGGCCUGGUGGUCAACCCCGACGGUGAGCUGCAGCUCAGCCACAAUGGCUCCGCGGCGGGCGUGCAGCUGUGCGUGGACGCCUCGCAGCCACUCUGGAUGCUCUUCGGCCUGCACGGGGCCAUCACGCAGAUCCGCAUCCUCGGCUCCACCAUCCUGGCAGAGCGGGCCAUCCCGUCACUCUCCUGCUCCCCUGCCUCCACACCAACCUCACCCAGAGCCCUGGGCAUCCGCCUCUCUGACCCGUUGCUCAGCACAUGCAGCUCUGGACCUCUGGGGAACUCUGCUGGCGGGACGGCCCCCAACUCACCUGUGAGCCUGCCAGAGUCGCCAGUGACUCCAGGCGGGGGCCCGUGGAGCGAUGAGUGCACCAUUUGCUACGAGCACAUGGUGGACACGGUCAUCUACACAUGCGGCCACAUGUGCCUCUGCUAUGCCUGUGGCCUGCGCCUCAAGAAGGCUCUACACGCCUGCUGCCCCAUCUGCCGCCGCCCCAUCAAGGACAUCAUCAAGACCUACCGCAGCUCCUAGCCCGUCGUGGUGCCCUACCCCUCACGCCCACCUCCUCAGACUCCGGCCCAGCUCUACCUGAGGGGCAAGUCAGCAGGGCCCCUUCUCUUCUUCCUCAUUUUGGAAAUUCUUUUCCCUUCUCAUUAAACAUGGGAAACAGCCCCGAAAGGUCUGGGGAGGAAGGGGUAUCAGGCAGGGAGGUGGGGGCAGAAGCAAAUCGCCUG